AUGCCGUCCACAGACACACGAGACAGCGAGUGUGAUGCGCAUCACCAGGAGUUCCUGCUCCAUGGAGCUAAACUGGUUUCUAGACAACGAUAUGACUCAUCUUUGAGGACAGGAAAUACACCUUGGCUUGUAGGAACAGAAGAAACUAAGCCCAGAGAGGAAAGUAGGAGAGAAUUGGGAGAAAUGUCUUGCAGAAUUGAAGUUCAAGCAGCAUUUCUUCUCUCCUCCUUUGUGACCUUCUUCAGUGGGCUUGUCAUCUUAUCCAUCUUCAGACUAACCUGGAGAGUCAUUAGAAGGAGGCAGAUCAUCAAGGGAACAGGAACUGUCCUGGAACUCUUCUCAUCAGAUGUCAUUAUCCAAAGCCCUUUAAAAAGACUGUAUUGGUAUGGAAUAUUUCGUAACCAAAUAGAAAUGUUGCUUUCUGCCCAAACCUUUGUUGGGCAAGUAUUGGCGAUCCUUGUCUUUGUGCUGAGCAUUGGGUCUCUUAUAAUCUAUUUCAUCAAUUCUUCUGACCCUGUUGGAAGCUGUUCUUCAUAUGAAGACAAAACCAUCCCCAUUGAUUUGUCUUUCAAUGCUUUCUUUAGUUUCUAUUUUGGGAUGAGAUUUUUGGCAGCUGAUGACAAGAUCAAGUUCUGGCUGGAGAUGAAUUCUAUUGUAGACAUCUUUACCAUCCCACCAACAUUUAUUUCUUUUUACUUGAAGAGAAAUUGGCUGGGUUUAAGGUUCCUAAGAGCUUUGCGGCUGUUAGAACUCCCUCAAAUUUUGCAAAUUCUACAAGCCAUCAAGACUAGUAACUCAGUGAAGUUUUCCAAGGUUUUAUCAAUCUUCCUCAGCACCUGGUUCACCGCGGCAGGAUUCAUCCACUUGGUGGAGAAUUCUGGCGAUCCCUGGCUCAAAGGUAAAAAUGCACAGAAUAUAUCUUAUUUCGAUUCCAUGUAUGUGGUGUUAGCAACAAUGUCAACUGUUGGAUUUGGAGAUGUGGUGGCUAGGACGACCCUUGGACGAAUCUUCAUCAUGUGCUUCACCCUGGGGAGUUUGGUUCUGUUUGCAAACUACGUCCCUGAAAUGGUGGAGCUUUUUGCUAACAAGAGGAAAUACACCAAUUCCUAUGAAGUGGUCAAAGGAAAGAAGUUCAUUGUGGUCUGUGGAAACAUCACUGUGGACAGUGUGACUGCUUUCCUGAGGAACUUUCUGCGCCAUAAGCCAGGGGAGAUCAACACUGAGAUUGUGUUCUUGGGAGAGGUCCCUCCUUCUUUGGAAUUGGAGACCAUAUUUAAAUGCAACUUGGCCUAUACAACUUUUAUCUGUGGAUCUGCACUGAAGUGGGAGGAUCUGAAGCGAGCUGCGGUGGAGUUUUCAGAAGCAUGCCUGAUCUUAGCCAACUCUUUGUGCAGUGACUCAUAUGCAGAAGACACUUCCAACAUCAUGAGGGUGCUCUCUAUCAAGAACUAUUACCCUAAGACUAGAGUCAUCAUACAGAUUCUUCAGUCACAUAACAAGGUUUUCUUGCCAAAGAUUCCCAGCUGGGACCGAAAUAUUGGAGACAACAUCAUCUGCUUUGCUGAAUUAAAACUUGGAUUUAUUGCCCAAGGUUGUCUGGUCCCAGGCUUGUGCACCUUUCUAACAUCUCUCUUUGUUGAGCAAAACAAGAAGGUUUCUCCUAGAGAACUUUGGCAAAAGCAUUUCUUGGAUGGCCUGAAGAAUAAAAUUCUGACUCAACGUCUGUCUGACGACUUUGCCGGAAUGAGUUUUCCUGAGGUUUCCAGACUCUGCUUCAUGAAGAUGCACCUCAUGCUGAUAGCCAUCGAACACAAAUCCCUCCUUACUGGUGGUUCCUGUGGUCUGAUACUAAAUCCACCUCCACAAGUGAAACUGCAUAAGAACACAUUAGGGUUCUUUAUCGCUGAAUCUCCAAUAGAAGUCAGGAGAGCCUUCUUUUACUGUUCAAAUUGCCACGGUGAUGUUCAGAAUCCUGAGCUAAUUGAGAAGUGUGACUGCACAAGGAGGAGCCAUCGGCACGCCACAGGAGCAGCGAUAAUGGCCAUGAGGAGCAACAAAAAGGAAUUGUCUGGUACAGAAAAGCAGGAUUCUUUUUCAAGUGGACAUGAAAGCACUUUAAGCUACUCAAGCUUUGCCAUCAGGACUUUUCUAGAGGACAUGGAGCAAGAAUUUGACCAGCUUGAUAGCAGUGGCAUGUUUCAUUGGUGCAAAACAACUCCUUUGGACAAGGUGAUUUUGAAACGAACCGACAAGCCAAAGCACGCGUUUCAAAACCACGUUGUAGCAUGUGUAUUUGGAGAUGCCCACUCGGCCCUAAUAGGCCUUCGGAAUUUUGUCAUGCCCCUGCGAGCCAGCAACUACACGCAGAAGGAGCUCAAGGACAUUGUGUUCAUUGGGUCUCUGGACUACCUGCAGAGAGAAUGGCGAUUUCUCCGGAAUUUUCCCAGGGUAUAUAUUAUGCCUGGCUCAGCACUCUACUCUGGAGAUCUGCACGCGGUCAACAUAGAGGACUGUGCCAUGUGUGCCAUCCUAGCCCCGUCACCCAAGGUGGUGAGCAACCAGAUCCUGGUCGACACAGAAGCCAUCAUGGCCACCCUCAGCAUCGGGUCCCUGAGGAUCAGCUCCUCCCACAUCAGGCUGUCCGUGCCAGGAAUUCCACCUGACUCUAAUGAAUACAAUGCGAAAUCAAAAUACCGCCGAGUCUCCAUGCUCACUGAACUGAGGAAUCCUUCCAACAUCCACUUUAUCGAGCAGCUAGGUGGCCUGGAAAGGAGUCUGACAGGGUUGAAUCUGCAUCUCAGCACUUCCUUUUCCACAGGCGCUGUCUUUUCUGGCAACUUCCUGGACUCCCUCCUGGCCACAGCUUUCUACAACUACCGGGUCCUGGAAUUAGUGCAGAUGCUGGUGACAGGAGGGAUCAGCUCUCAGCUGGAACAGCAUUUGGAUAAGGAGAAGUUCUGCAGGACUUCUGACAGCUGCUCUACAUUUGUGUCUGGAAGAAUGCGGUGCAAGCUAGGGCUGCUGUCCUUAAAUCAAACUAUUCUCUCAGACAUUACACCAAGAAACACCUUUGGACAACUGUUCUGUGGCUCGUUAGAUGUUUUUGGAAUCCUGUGUGUUGGCCUGUACCGCAUGAUAGAUGAUGAGGAGCUCAACCCAGAACACAAAAGGGGAGUAUUUUAGUUUGUGAUUACCCGGCCAGCCAAUGAGUUUAAGCUGCUGCCCUCAGAUCUUGUAUUUUGUGCUAUCCCUUACAACACUGCCUGUCACAGGAAGAAUGAUGUUUCUACAUCCCAAACUCAGUGUGAAAUUAUUAAUGUAGUACCACUGGCUCCAGAGAUGCAAGCAGAUCCUUCUAUAAGGGACCUUGUGGGAGAAAGCACAGUAUAG